AUGACGCACUACAGCCAGCUGUCGGCCAAGGCCGCUGCCUUGCGCGUCAUCCACCUGCCACUGGCUGUGUACGGGUCCGUGGGGCAGCUGCAGGUUAGCACGGGCACCAAGAAACUAGUUGCCGCAGCUGCGUUUGGCGCCGUUUCGCUGCUCUUCCUGGCUCGCCACUUCCAGAGGAGGCGGGGCCGAAAGAAGGCUGUGUCGCCACCACCGCUAUGGGAGCAGGCCGGCAUCCAGUUCUUGUCCUCGGUUGUGCCGGAGGAUGAUAGGAGCAGUCAUCGGAAAAUGACUCUCUCCAUCAACUCCAAGUCGUAUUUCUCAGUUCCACCCAUCCCGCCGAGAGAGCGGACCGAGAGUCUGGCGUCUAGCUCGGAUACGUCCAGCAGCGCCACAUGUGCUAUCGAGUCCAGCUGCUGGGACCGACUUGGCGACGCGGACAUUUGUAGCGUGGUCACCACUCCAGAAAACCUAUAUCUUAUGGGUAUGGAUUUAUUUGAGGAGGCACUGAGGCGGUGGGAGGAGGCCUUGACGUUCAGGAGCAAGCAGGCGGACGACGAGUUGAUCAAGACAGGAGCCGCCGUCGCUGAGGAGAACAUGGAAGAUGUUGUUAGUGCAGAGUUUGUCCAACGGUUGAAGUCACUGCUACAGAGGGCUUAUCACCUGCAAGGCGAAUUCGAGGGUGUGUUGGGGUGUGUGUCGGAACCUUUGUCCAAUCCCAGCUGCCAUGACAUUUUGUCUCAAGAGGAGCAAGAGGAUGCGUGUCUAAGGGAUAGUGUUAGCAUUGCCUCCACUGACUCCUUUGUGUCUGCUGCUGAGUUGUCAGAGCACAGGGAGCUAAGGACCAUCUACACACUAACUCAUCCCUUCUAUGAGGAGGCCUUGCAGAUGGCAGCAGAGGGCAAAAUCUCCUGUAGAGUGCUGCGGACAGAGAUGUUGGAGUGCCUAGGUGAUGAAGAUUUCCUAGCAAAGUUGCACUGCAUCCGGCAGGCAAGCCAGCUCAUCUUGCGAGAAAGAACCACCAGGUCAUUUCUGGCUGACACCGGAAAGAAGAUUCUAUCCUCUAUUAUUGUUAAAGCACAGAAGAGCCCUAAGCGAUUCGAAGAAGUGUUUGAGGAAAUGAUGUGUUUCCUGGAGCAAGCGGAACACUGGGAGAACACGGCGCUGGAGCUGGCCACACGUGGCGUUAAGCAUCUAAACUUUUACGACAUUGUGCUGGACUUCAUCUUGAUGGACUCUUUCGAGGAUUUGGAGAACCCGCCCGUCUCCAUCCAGAAUGUCGUCAACAACCGCUGGCUCAACAGUUCCUUCAAGGAGACGGCCGUGGCGUCAAGCUGCUGGUCGGUGCUGAAGCAGAAGAGGCAGCACAUGAAGGUUCCAGACGGUUUUAUCGCUCGCUUCUACACACUGUGCGAGCAGAUCAGUCCUGUUCUGGCGUGGGGAUUCUUGGGGCCUAAGAGUCCCCUGCACGACUUCUGCUGCUUCUUCAAGGAUCAGGUGGUACACUUCCUCAAGGACAUUUUUGACCUGGAUAAAGUUUGCUACUCUUCUGUGGACAGCCUGGCGGAGGACAUGUUACACCUUCUGCACCGCCGCUCCGAAUUACUGCUUGCCUACCUGGGCGCAGACUCCCUGCGACCCACCGUCUGCCACACCCCCACACUCGCCCUUCUACCGGAUACCUGUACGGAGGGCCGUGUGCAGUGA